AUAUAUAUAUAUAUAUUACCAAAGUUUAGCAUGUCUUAGCAGGGGGAAUGCCGGGCAUAAUAUCCUGUUGCUAGGAGAAAGGUAAUGUCAGCACUGCAGCGUGCAAGCAAAGAGUUUUAUAACUAACCCAUUGUGCUAACUUAGUUAGCUAGAAUCUUGUUGCAGAUAAUGAUAGCUAGCUAAAUUAGCUUGAGGCUAUAAACACGUUCAUAUAGCGAUACAAGGAAUGUUUUUAUGUAACAGUGGAAGACAUAAAUCCCAUUUCACAAUUCAUUAACGUUACCUGUUUAAAAUGAGACUUGAUCCAAUUGAUUUAGAGCAAUUGUCGAUGUACUCUGAAGCGGAGCAAGCAUGGACUCGUUCUACGCCGGAAGUGUCAACCGGAAGAAUUUAGCGGCGCGAAUGUUAAUUACAGCUGUUACCUAGCAAUGGAACACAUGCGUAAUAUUUUGACAGUCAGGGCUAAGCAUCUUUGGAGGGUCAGAGACAAAACAUGGCUAAACAACAAGACCCAGAGGACGAUGAAGAAAUCCUGAGCACGUUUGAAAAGUUUGUUCGGAAUCAGGGACUGGUUGACUGGCCCGUGGCGUUUGAGGAGAAUAUAGAGAUAUCAUCCCACUUCAAACAUUACAGUCAUCCCAGACAGAUAUAUGACUACUUUAAAGUAAACGUGCCAUUCCCAGUGGACGUCACCAUGUCCUUCUCCAAGAGCAUAGAGGAGCUAUAUUCCAAGAUAAAGCUACAUGCAUCCAUAAUGUCACAAGAACAGAGCAAAAACAAGAAUGCAGAGUCAGUGUUUGAUGACAUGAAUAAAUAUAAAAUGUAUGUGCAAAGAGCACAUCGAAUCAUCAAAGAGCAGAGUGAGGCAGUGUCGCGGAGCUUGGACAUCAAGGACUAUGACUACCCAGGGUUUGAUGUAGUCGAGGACACUGACAUCCCAGGACAUCCUGAUGCCUUACAGCAUUUGGACAGCGUCUCAGAGGCCCAAGGCUUUAAUCUAGGCUUCCUGAAGAUCUGGAGGCCCUUCUUUCUGUGUGAUCUGUCCGUGGCUGUUCUCAAAGACACAUUCUGGUGGUUCUUCCUCCACACAUUUAAGCCUAAUGUUGAGGAGGAGAGCCAGUUGUUUGAUCGGAUCUCUGGAGCCUUUGUCUCUCUGCUGAUGACCGUUCAGAUGGACCUGAAGGACAAGCUCUUUAAGGUGUAUGCCGACUGCCUGGCCCAGGCGGUUUACGCAGCAUUCUACGGAGCGUUCCCUGAGUCCAUGGAACGUCUAGGCCAUGACUUCAAGACAGACCUGACUGACCUCAUCUCCCUCUGGGUGUCAGGUGUGAAGCCCACCCUGUUGUCAUGGCAGAGCUGGAAUCUGGGCUGGCUGGAUCCUGUAAACACGUCCGGGAAGAGCCAUGGAGAGUCAGCAUGUGACCUGCAGAUGGAGUUUGAAGAGCUGGUGUCCAGGACCAGGAGAAUAAGUCUCAGCAGCACAGAAAAGCAGAAGAGAGGAAGCAUUGCCAAUGCUGACUCCAGGAUGGACCGCAAGAGAGAGUCCCACUACAUCGGAGCAGGUCCAGAGUUCCAGCAUGUCCGUUUCAAGCCUUGUGGUCAGAGUCCUCUGGUGUCUCGUUACCUGCACCUCCAAGACAUCCCUACACCCGCAGGAUCUGACACCCGCAGGAUCAGACGCACUGAGAUCACCAACCUGACUCCUUCCAAACCCACCUACCAAGAGGUGCUGACUGAUGUGGAGGAGAGGAGCCACAGAAGGCAACAGGAAUACAACAUCUUCUGCCAGCAGACGAAACAGGAGAUAGCUGACAUCCACAGAGAUCGACUGAUCCAUAACAUGGAGCUCAACAGGAUGAAGAAAGAGAUUUUCAGUGACCGCAUGGAGGUGAAGAUCGCCAGCGAGGGAAUCAUGAAUAAAUGGAAGCACCCCCCGUACCGCCAGCGUCUGCAGAAGGGAGAGAGGAAAGAGGAGUCAGAGGAGGUGAAGAAUACAAACCAACCUUCUGUUUCUCCAGAGAACCGAAAGACAGCUGGACAAUGACAACUUUCAGCACAGUGUCUCUCUCUUUAUGCCACUCAGACCUACAGAACAGGAUGUCAGUGUCCUACAUUAAUAUAUAUUUGACAUUUGUUUUCAUUGAAAUUCACCCAGAUGAUUUAAAUGCCAAUCUUCACACUUCA